AUGUUUCCCGUUGGACAAUUAACUGGAAUAACUUUAGCAGGAGCUAGUGCACCAGGAACUAUUACACUUAAUCAGCCAAGUGGUAUUACAUUAGAUGGUAAUGGGUAUCUUUUUAUUGUGGAUACUUUUAACAGUCGAAUAGUUGGGUCAGGACCAUAUGGUUUUCGAUGUUUAUUUGGAUGUACAGCUACUGCUGGUUCUUCAUCAAGUCAAUUGUAUUAUCCAGAAACUUUAAGAUUUGAUAGUCAUGGAAAUCUAUUUGUUGCUGAUAGAUAUAACAGUCGAGUGCAAAAGUUCAUUAUAGCAUCAAAUUCCUGUAGUCUUUCUUAUAAUCAACCAACAUUUUGUUCUGAUGCUUCAUGGUAUUCUAAUGCAUCAACUUUUGCAUCCAGUAGUACAGCUGGUACUUUACCUUAUGGUAUUUUUAUUAAUGGAAUUAAUACUGUGUAUGUACCUAAUCGAGAUAGUAACACUAUUUUAUCAUGGCCUCAAGGAAGUACUACAUAUACAAGUAAUAGUUAUAGUAAUUUGAAUAAUUCAUAUAGUCUUUUUGUGUCUAUGACUGGUGAUAUUUAUAUUGAUAAUGGUUAUUCAUAUGGUCGAGUUGAUAAAUAUAUAUUUAAUACAUCAAAUCGUGUUACUGUUAUGAAUGUUAAUGGAAGUUGUUAUGGUUUAUUUCUUGAUAUUAAUAAUAAUCUUUAUUGUUCCCUUAAAAAUCUUCAUCAAGUUGUUAAACUUUUACUUAAUAAUGGUACAACCAUCCCGACAAUCGCAGCCGGUAAUGGUUCUGCUGGAUCACUAUCAAAUAUGCUUAAUUCUCCGCAAGGAAUCUAUGUUGAUAGUAAUUUAAACCUAUAUAUUGCAGACUGUGCUAAUAAUCGUAUUCAACUCGUUCAAACUAGUCAAUUAAAUGGAGUGACAAUCGUUGGUAAUGGAUCUUCAACAAAUUUUAUACUUAACUAUCCCACUGGAAUUGUCCUCGAUGCUAAUGGUUAUUUAUUUAUUGUCGAUAGUUAUAAUCAUCGUAUUGUUGCUUCGAGUUAUUAUGGUUUUCGAUGUAUAGUAGGAUGUUCGGGAGGUGGUUCAUCUGCGUCUCAAUUAUCAUUUCCACAAAGUAUGGCUUUUGAUAGUUAUGGAAAUAUAUAUGUUACUGAUCGAAAUAAUAGUCGAGUGCAACAAUUCGCUCUUCAAACCAACAAUUGCAGUAAGUUAUUUGUGUGUAAUAGAACAUUAUGA